AUGUUGCUCUUGACGUGGAGUCCUGUGUGGGCCAGGCCCAAUUCUGGGUUCGGUAAACGGGCACUGGUGAAGUAUUACCGAACCACUCCGGCGGAGAUCACCCUUGGAAAAUGUUCGAUGGAGGAGUUACUGGGCAGCUACAUUAUCUUUAUCAUCCUCCUUUUCAUUGAAACCCGGGGAAUCCCCCCCAUCACUCUGGCCAUCAUCAUCCUCAACAUGUUUAUAUUCCUCGCCCCUGAGCUCCACGUGGCAGAGGUCUGUCUCAGUGUCAACACCACCUUCCUGGGCUGUGAGUGGCAGCGCCUCCUGCUGGCACCGCUGCACCACAUCGACGUCGACCACCUUGGCUUCAACAUGGCGUCGCUGGUGUGGAAGGGCAGCAAGAUGGAGAGACGGGUGGGCAGUGCCCGCUUCUUGUUCUCCACUCUCAUCUUGGGCCUCCUGACGGGAGUCACCUACUUGACCAUCAAGGCAGCCCUCGCCAUGCUGCUGACCGAGAGAUUCAACAUGGACUGCGCAGUGGGCUUCUCAGGUGUCCUGUUCGCCCUCAAAGUGAUCAACAACAGUCACAGUGCUGACGGGGAGAUUCCUGGGCCAAUCAAAAUUAAAAAACGGGACGCUUGCUGGGCAGAACUUAUUCUGAUUCACCUACUCUCUCCGAGAUCUUCUUUCGUUGGCCAUCUAGCAGGAAUUCUGGUCGGCCUUGCCUAUGUGAAAGGACCCCUGAAGAUGAUGAUUAAUUGGUUUACUGGCCAAGAAUAUGGUGCAAUGCGGUUCCCAGAGUGCUGUCACCGUCGGAAUAUGUGUCUGGAUUUGGAGCUAGAAAGAGGUGAGCUCAUGGCCGAAGUGUGUUUUCCUACCAGUGACUGCAUCUGGGUGUUUGUGUGA